AGCUAGCUCUAAUUCGGGCUUUUCCAAGACAGUCGUGUAAUGUUAACUAGCUAUCUCAAGGAUCUGCGGUGGCGGGGGUGCAUAGUGGGGAUUGGACUAGUGGUAGCUAGCCUGCUGUUUGAUGACGCUUGGCUAACGUUAGCAUAUGUAUAUAGAUAGGUAGCUGUGUAGUGUAGAUAAUAUUCGCACGCUUAGCUAAUGGAAAUCCUGCAAUGGACUUGUCAUAAUUUAAGGAAGUCCGUUGUUCAUUUUUACAUUAUCGACUUAAUUUAGUCAAAAUAAUCAUUGGUUAGGCAGUCUAACGUCAGCUAGUAAUCAUUUGGCGCUAGAUCUACAGUUACUGUACAGGCUUGUAGUUGGUUUGUUAACUGUAGAUGGCUGUUAACUUUCGCUAGUUUACACGGAUUCAACGGACAUUAUAUACAUGUGAAAUUUGUUUCAUGGGCAAGAGAUGCUGCUAACGCGGCUUUAUCUCAGAAAAUGCAUGCUUUUCCAAAAUAAGACCGAAUAGCAGUAUCGUGCUUUUCUUCAACGAGAUACUGAUCCUUCUGAAAUUUCCUUUAAUUUGUUUAAACGAACACGUUUCUGGUGUGUGUUUCGAGACUCAUUCCGUUUAGUUAUAUCGUUAAAUCUCCUUUCCUUCUAUUGCUGACUUCAUCGACCAACCAGAUUCAUUUAAGUGUAAAACAAGGUGUCACCGAGGGAUCGGUUUCCACCAUGGCAGACCACAACGACGUGAGUUUGCUGCCAGUGGAGCGGGUGCGUGCCCUCACCAAGAAGGGCAGCUCGGUAGACAUCAACGAGGACGUGCCCCCUCGCCGUUACUUCCGCUCGGGCAUGGAAAUGAUCCGCAUGGCGAACGUGUACACUGAGGAGGGGAACGCAGAGCACGCCUUUGUGCUUUACAACAAGUACAUCACGCUUUUCUUUGAGAAACUUCCUAAGCAUCGGGACUACAAAACCGCCAACAUUCCAGAGAAGAAGGACACGAUGAAGAAGCUGAAAGAAGUAGCCUUUCCCCAAGCUGAGGAGCUGAAGAAAGGCCUUUUGAAGCAGUAUGAGAAGGAGUAUGCAGAGUAUCUUAUUAAAAGGAAAGCGGAGGAGGCGGCCCUGGCUCGAGAGCUGUCGCGGCAGAGGGAGCUGGACGCUGAAAGGCAGCGGGUGGCUGAGAUGCAGAAGCGGCAGAAGGAGCAGGAGCAGUUCACCGCCUUCGAGGAGAUGAUCCGGCGGCAGGAGUUGGAGAAGGAGCGCCAGCGGAUCGUCCAGGAGUUCAAGGGCCCCGGCGCCCCCCCGAUCGAUGGCCCCCUCCUCCCGGGUGUCCAGGGACCCCCGCAGUCCAUCGUGGCCACGCCCACCCCCCCACAGAGCCCAGAAAACACUCCCACCAAAACCAGCCCCUCGGCUCUCCCUGCAGCGCCCCCCAUAUUCGACCGCUCUCUCAAGCCCGGGUCACUGGGUAGCACUGGAAACAAUGUUAUGGUGGAUGGACUGCGGCAGUUGGUGGUACCCGCUGAGCUCUGUCAGAAGUUCCUUAAGCUGGCGGAUGCCAACACAAUACGGGCAGUGGAGACUUGCGGCAUCCUCUGCGGUAAACUGACUCAGAAUGCCUUCACGGUGACCCACGUGAUCGUGCCCAAACAGUGUGGAGGGCCUGAUUUCUGCGACACGGAGAACGAAGAGGAGCUCUUCCUGAUCCAGGAUCAGUACAAUCUCAUCACCCUGGGCUGGAUCCAUACACACCCCACACAGACUGCCUUCCUGUCCAGUGUGGACCUGCACACUCACUGUUCCUACCAGAUGAUGCUGCCGGAAUCCAUUGCAAUCGUUUGCUCCCCAAAGUUCAACGAGACUGGAUACUUCCGGCUCACAGACUAUGGAAUGGAUGAGAUCUCGUCCUGCAAGCAGAAAGGCUUCCACCCCCACCCCAAAGAACCCCCACUGUUCUCUGCUGGAGGACACGUGGACAUCACGGACAGCAGUGUGACUGUACUGGACCUGCGGUGAUCCAUAGCCACACCCUCCCUGUGCCUUUUUACGUCCAGUCCACCGCAACGUGGGGACUGGCCCCACUGCAAAACCAAGUGAUUUUAUUUGCCAUAUAACAGCCGUGUCUUCUUUUCUCGGACGGGUUCGGCAGCUUGUCAGGCCGAGGGCUCAGCCUUCGAAAAAACGUUCUCAAAAACAGAAAAAAGAAAUAAUAAAUAAUAAAUAAAUCGCACCCUACGGCUCAUGCAGAAGAAAUGGGCCCAGAGGUACAGAGAUACGAGAGCCUGAUUCCAGGGACCAUCUUGAAACUCUUAUGCCUUCUCUGGUUGUCUUAAUGCACUCUAAGCACCCCCCCCCCCCCUCCGCCAUAUGGUCAGAAAGCUAGAUGAACUACUAGCUUGUGCCCACGAACACCUGGACCUGUAUAAGAGCCGUUAUGUAUCAGGGUGUCUGCUCAAGUCCCACAAGAUCCGAUUCACAUGAUCUUGUGAAUCUCUGCUUCAGGGGGUUCUUCUCAAUACCGCUUGUUUGUCAAAUGGGUUUUUUUUAUUUCUAAGCAUUAUCUUCAAGGAAAAAGGGUGAAUCAAUGUAUUUAAAAGCUUUCUUUAAGUUUUUGUUCGUUUGAGACACUAACAUUCUGCAAAAUAUCUUCUGCAGUUUAAUGUUCCGCUUGAACAACAUAAAUGUAAGACUGUUAUGAAAAAACAUUAUGGAGUGUCUUGUUUUAAUUACUACCCACAAAAGACAUUGAUUUGUUUUAAAUCCCCAUGACCUUAACUGAUUAAUUUACUUUGCAUUAGGCAUCAUUCAUAGUAAUUAAUUUUUUUGAGUAGAUGUAGUCUCAGUAGGGUGACUAUGAAACCUCAGCACUACCUGCAUCUUUGGUUACUCUGUUUCAUUUUCAUACUAUAAGCACUGAAAACCAAGCACUCAAGAAAGCAUUCAACUUUAAUUUGUGGCCUAUGCAGACAUGUAUUAUACUUACUAUACAUGGUAGAUGUGUGAGCAUAUGUCUGUAUAUUAUAUUGUUUAGUAGUGACUGUGAUGUUGAGGUUGUCAAAUGGGCGUACUCCUGACUUUUUCAUUUUGUAGUAAAACAACAUGCCCACUGUAGAAGACCCUUGGUAAUAAUGAUACCUUACAUUUCAGCAAAUUGUCCUUUCUCCCCUCUGGCUAAAAAUGUAUUAAAAGUUAAAUUAUAUCCAACUCUUACACUUCUGGGCAGGUAGAUACAGGUGUUAAUGCAGGUGUGCUGAAGUGAAGGAGUAUACUGUAUAUAGUAAUGUUUAACUGAGAAGUUGGGACCUAUGGUAACCAUCCAAAUACAACAUAUCUAUCUUUA